GUUGACGAAAGCACCAUGGCCGAGCGCAGUACUCCAGAGAAGCAGGCUCGCAUUGAUAUGCAGCGGGCAAGAGAGCAGAGCGAAGUUGACACCGCGUUGGUCCGGGACUUCGCUUAUGGUGGUCAAGCGCGGUGGGAAGAACAUGCGCAUGUUGUAGACUUACUCUCCAAGGACCCUACAUUCGAUCAUCGGUAUAGAGUCUAUCUUACUCGAAAGGAACGAUUCAAAGAGUCUCUGAAGCUGGCGAAGAGAAUGCAUGACCUACAGGACAAGCAUGGAUGGACGGAUGCACAGUUCAGGAUGGCAAUGGAGAACGUGGGAGAAUCGUCUGCAUACUCCAUGCACUAUGUUGCGUUCGAGCCUGUCCUCCGAUCGCAGGCUUCCGAUGAACUACUCGCGGAAUACGGUGCGCUAAUCGCCAACCGAGGUCUUUUAGGAUGCUACCUGCAGACCGAACUGGCGCAUGGGACGAACGUUGGCGGUCUAGAAACGACCGCGACAUACGUCCCAGAAAGCAAGGAGUUCGUUAUCAACUCACCCACCUUCACUAGCAGGAAAUGGUGGAUUGGAGCUGCCGGCAAACUAGCUACUCAUGGCGUUGUCUCAGCGCUACUCAUCCUUCCAGAUGGAAAGAAUAUGGGUCCGCAUCUGUUCUUCGUGCAACUGCGAUCCUUGGAUGAUCAUCGCACUCUCCCUGGCAUCACUCUCGGAGACAUUGGCCCUAAAGUAUUCGGUGGAUUUUCAACAAUCGACAACGGCUACGCCGUGUUUGAUCAUGUCCGGAUCCCGCGAUACUACAUGUUAUCCAAAUUUGCUCAAGUUACCGAGGAUGGCCACUACAGACAGCCGCCCCAUUCGAAGAUCAGCUAUGGCGGGAUGUUGUAUAUUCGCUCGACCAUGGUGACAGGUGGAGGAUGGACAGCUGCCAAAGCCGCGACCAUCGCUAUACGCUACGCUACUGUGCGUCGACAAGGUAGCGGAACACCUCAGGGCCUCGAGGAGCAGAUCAUCAACUAUCCUGCCGUCUACAAUCGACUACUACCUGUUCUUUCUCGCGCAUAUGUGCUUCUGCUUUUGGGUCGCCACCUCGAAAAAGCUUUUUCUGCAAUGAAUGAGGGGCUUGCACGAGGUGAUACUUCGCUCUUGGCGGAUAUGCACGCCACAACGAGCGGGCUGAAGGUGCUCGUAACCACCGCUGUCGCCCAAGACAUAGAAACCGCCCGUCGAGCCCUUGGUGGUCAUGGCUUCAGCGACUUUUCUGGGCUGGGUAAAAUCUAUGCAAACUAUAUACCUACCACUACGUUUGAAGGGGAUAACUAUGUCUUAGACCUCCAGGUCGUUCGAGCGGCUGUGAAGGCGUACAAACGUUAUGCCUCUGCGCCUCAUUCCGACCCUUCCACAUUACCUCCGACCGCUCGCUACCUGCGCUUGCUCUCAGAGCAGUCCGCAGCGGAUAAAGCGACUGCCGGAUGGACAGACCCGCACACCUCCGUGCAUCUUCUAGAACAGCGCGCCGCCCAUAUGAUACGCGAGUACGCGAAGCAUGAGAACGAUCUCGACGCGAGCGCUCCUCAGCGUGUAUCCCGGGCUGCUACCGAGGCUUUCGUUGCUGUGCAAGUCGAAAGCUUCAUUCAGGAAUUACCUUCGCAGCUACCGGACAAGGACGCACAUAUCUUGAAAGAUCUUCUGACUCUUUAUCUGCUAGUCACGGUUGAAGGAGCUCUUGCGGACUUGCUAUCUUUCGGCGUCUUUCCAGAUUGCCAGCAAACCUUAAACGGAGAUCCUACUGGAGACCUGCGCAGGGCCAUCAAGCGUCUUGAGCUGAAGCUCUUACCUCAAGCCAUUGGGCUCACUGACGCGUUCGGCUUCACCGAUUGGGAGUUGGGCAGCGCGCUCGGCGUAUACAACGGAGCGGUCUACGAGGCGCUCUGGGACAGCGCGCAGACCGAGCCCCAGAACCAGACUGACGUCGUCGACGGCUACCAGGAGUACAUCAAGCCUGUGUUGGAGCGAGGCCGCCGUUUGGCGGGACGAAGCGGGGCCAAGCUGUAGGUCUAGGGCUGUCAACGUCGCUAACUUGGAUACCUAGCGGUUGUAACAUAUUCACAUCGUUCUGCCUUUCUCACUCCUGUUCCGAGUAAGGAAAAUUGGAAAUGACAUGAAACUCUUGCC